AUCAUAUUGCAUGGCUGAUAUUUUUCUUUUUUUUAUUCCCAAGAACCUGAUUGAAGCUUCAUGCCCAACUCUCUUUCUCUCUCAGAAUGGAAUCACUUGCAGCAACGCAUAUGAUAUCUGCAACUCAGAGCUCCUUCUCAACCAGAUACCCAUCGAUCCCUCUUCGUGCCCGAACGAUUAUCAAGCGACGGCGUUUCCGCGUUCGUCUUUCGACGAAGCUAUCUGAUUUCCAGGAUUAUCGGAGCUUUGCAAGACCUUCACGUCUCUUGCCUGCUACAGAAGUGAAAAUAUGCACUGUUUCUUCAUCAGAAAAGAUUUUUACUUCUUUAAGAUUGGAUGGAUCCCAGUCUUUAUACAAGGUUGAGCUGUGCACAAGUACAACAUUUGGCUCGUCUCUGAGUGACUUGACUGCUGGAAUAUUACUUUGCUUGAUAGGCGAAAAUAAUGACUCCAUAUUGCAGAGGAUACCGGCAAGUUCGGUGUAUCCUACAGAAACGGAAAGCACGUAUGAUUCUGAUGUACUCCAUUUCCAAAGAGGUUCUGUAGAUGAGUUCAUAUUUGAGGGACCUACGCUGGGAAAAAUUGAAGCAAUUUGGCUUGGUCUUGAAUCAGGUCAGUGGAGAUUAGGAGGUGUAAGCUUGACCACCAUUUGCAGAUUUCAGUCUCCUUCAGAAGAAAUAUACGGGAAAGAAAUCCAGUACAUUGCUUUCAAGUACAACUUUGAAGCCGACAAUAUCUUGCUAGGAGAGGGAAGCAACAUUUCCAUGGCAGAACUAAGACCUCAGCUCAUUACCAAGAUUUAUGAGUCUGACCCUUUCUCCUUAUUAAAGAGCAAAACUCCCUCCCAGUCAAGUAGACUAGCCAGUCUCAAGGAACUAAAUGAAGAAAGCAUGAGGGAAUAUGCAGAUUUGAAGCUGUCUUUGCUACUCUAUGAUGCUUUACUUAUUUUUGCUGGUACUUCAAUUUUAUCCUUCACAACCGGGGAAAAGACUGCUUUAGCGUUUCUGGCGGGCGGCUUCGGAGGCUUCUUAUAUCUACUCCUAUUGCAGAGAUCUAUUGAUGGAUUGCCAAUCCCAGCAUCCAACAAUGGAGGGAGUAUCGGUGAGAUUUUUCGAGGCUUUAAGAGUCCAGUAUGGGGCCUGGCUUUGACUCUUGGGUUUGCUGUUGUGGGAGUCAAGUAUUUUGGCCCGGACGAUGUCUCUAUGGCCUUUACUCCAAAAGAACUUGUGGUGGGGAUGAUGGGAUUUCUUGUAUGCAAAGUUGCUGUGGUUUUGGCAGCAUUUAAACCCUUACAAAGGUCUGGUCCGUCUGGAGGAGAAUGACUUGUUGCCCUCUUUUCAUUUGUAUCCUUCAUGCACAUAUUUUACACUUGGGAGGAAUUGUGAAAGAAUUCAUUUAAGAAGCACUAAUCUGUACAUAUUACAUUUUCAAUCUGGAAAAGAAAUUGUGACUUCUGCAUA